AUGGAUAUAGCAUAUGUUUUCGCAAAUCGUUUCCUCAAUAUACUUCCGACAGCAUUAUCAUUCUUGACAUCUGUAUCGUCUACUCUAUAUGAAGCGCUUUGGAAUAUUGCUAAAGAAGCAUUACAACAUGCAUUGAGGCUCGGUGAUGCUAGCUCAGUCAAAAAGUCAUCCUCAACUGAUUCAUCUGACGAUCCUGUAGCAGGUGUUGGCGACUGGUUGGAAAAUAUUCUGAGAGCGGUACCUGUUUUGAUGGAUCAGCAAGAAGAUGCUGUUAAUUUGCAAAAGGCUACUCUUUUUACCAUCUCCUCUUCAACGCUACUAAACUUAUGCGAAAGAAGCUUGUCGAUGUUGUUCUUUAUGGAAAACACUUCAAAUAUCUGGACAAAUUCAAGUUUCAAUUGUUUUCGAGAUUUAUGUGCUGCAUCAGGUGGAGACCAUGGGUAUUGUGGAACAGAAAAUGUCAAUGCUUUAUUAAUAUUGCUUCUGGAACAUUCCCUAGACAAGGGUUAUCUGGAUGAAAAUGAUGAGGAGCAACUGGUGAACAGUAUGUUAUAUUUUCCAAAAGGCAGUGAAUCAGAAAUUAUUACUUCUGAUCCAUUCUGUCUAAAAAUUAUUGCUGUUUGUGUGUUAAGACGUCGAAGUGCAGCAGAGAUUGUUCAUUAUGUUCUCCGCUCAAUAUAUGCAGAAUCGAGGAAUGGUACUCCUGAGCAUUCCACUUUCUGGCUUCUUGAAUGUAUUUCCGAACUAUUGGAUAGCAAAGAUCUGGAAAAGUCAGCCGAUUUUGCAGUGAGCAUGUUAUAUGAUGUCCUAAAAAGUGAUGUGAAACGCCAAAGAGUGCGUUAUGCGUUAGAAGCCGUUCAUCUCUUAUUAGUUGGAGGCCAGUCACGUGAUAAGAGGCAUGUAGUUAUGGAAAAGUUUCGAAAAUGUUGUUGCGAUUUUUUUGAUCUGAGCAGGACGCCGAAAUGGAGCGAUACUCUCUUAACUCGUUCUAUGUUUAAUUUCAAUCAUUGGGAUGAACUGCAUGAUUUGUAUAUUAGUUGGCUAUACGAUAUGCAGUGGGAUGAGGAACGCCCUUCUGCACAUAUCAUUUUGCCGCCUACAGUCUCGUUUCUUUCAAAAAUUUCGAGUGGUAUUGCUAUUCUUCCCGCUGAACGUUGUCAUUUCGUACGAAUUCGACCUUUAUUGCUGGAUAGCGUAUAUGCAACUUAUUUGAAUAAAUUUAAUGGUGAGGACACAAAUAUAGGAGUAGCUCAUGUGCUUAAAAUCGAAACGCUAGCUGUUGUUGGUUUACCGAUUGUGGAUGACUGUUCUCUUACUGACCUCGUAAAUUUGCCGCUGAUAUACUACGAUUCUCUAUUGCUGCUUUACAACCAGCUGAGAAAAUAUCGUUGUUCAACAGAGGAACUUAUUCGGGUGACUGAAUUCGUUUCUGGAAUGUAUAAGAAUGCAGUCAGUGUGAUUUGCGAACGCAGUAGAGUCACGCUGUCGUUGGGCGUAUAUGCAGCAUCGUUGUCAUUGGCAAAAAGUGACGUAUUGAACAGUGCUGUGCCGCACGCACGUGGUGAACUUCAUUCUAUUUUGAAUGAUGAUUUGUUAAAGUUGGUUCAUGCAUGGGCCGGACUUAUGUUUCCUGAAUUAAGGUUUUCUUGUACACCAGCUAUGCUGGAUGCAAUGAGUGAUACAUUUCAAUCACCGUAUUCUGUUAUUGCGCUAGUACAGGAUAUCAAGAAACAGAUGUUUGCUGCAUUCUGUUCACUCUGUGAUAACACAACUCGAUUUAUUCUUAAUCAGUUAUUAUCGAGGCCAGUUUCUUAAAGCAAUAUGCAACGUCAGGAUGAAACGCAGUUGCUUCUUGAUUGGAUGAUUUUUAUCCACAGUUCGGAUCUCACAGGAACAGCAACGCGUGAAUUGAAUCAAUCGGUGUUGUCAAAAAUGAAUACAGUUUUGGUAAAGAGCCGUCAUCUGACUCGUAUUGUUUCUGUUUUAUUGGAUGGAAUAUUAGCUCAGCAGACUGCCUCAGAAACAAAUUUACUGAACGGUCAGUCAGUUUUUUGUUCCAUCCUAAUACAUUUGGUCUCAUCACAAAGCUCCCUCAAUUUACCGUGGAAUACGCUGCCAGAAGAUAUAUUUUCAUCUGUUUUGGAUCAACUUGCGAUGAACGAUUCACUUAUAAAACGUUCAAUACCAUUUGUGAACUUGCUUUCAACCAUAUGUGGUUUAAAAAAUGCGCAUUUGAAUUCUCGAUUUCUGUCAUCACUCAAGAAACACCAGAAUUUACUUGUUCAAUGGGUCAGCGUCAGUGCGGCUCCGCUUGAGACAUUUUGCAUGCUGCAACCUUUGAUUGAACAUUUGGCAGAUAAGGGUCGAAAGGCCAGUUUCGUAGAUCCAGACUUUCGAACUCUAUUAGAACAAAUGAUUAAUGUGCUUUUUGUCGAAAACGUUCAUCAACGAACAGCCGAAAGCUCCUUGGUUGAAGUGAAACGAAGCGAUCGAUGGGCGUAUGCAUCACUAUGCUGGAGAAAAAUGAACAGUCAGAAUGAAAAAGAAGGCAGUGGAUGUGAGGAUUUCAGGCGUGAGCAACUGAAAGAACUGGAUAUAUUUAGUAAAGGUUUGCUAACCUUGUUGAAUAUCGGUGGUCCGAAGAUACACUGUCGUUUAAUUGAUCAGUGUGCAAAGUUGUUCCGAGAAUUGGUUGAUUUGAUCCAAAGAGAUGGAUUAGAGCUUUUAAAAGGAUCACAUAACGUAUCAGGCUCGCAGGUUACAACGGUUUUGUAUGCGUUUAUUUUUCUGUGUAGUAUACUGGAUUAUAUCGAUGGCUUAUGUCGGAUCCUUUGUCCUCCAGGUGUUGUUAGAGACGAUUCAGACGAUCUCUCCACAGUCUUUACUCCGAAACAUAUUAUUAAG